CUGAGAUCACAUGCCGUCACAUGCCCGGUGGUUGUGCGAUUGUUACUGCGCUCUUUUCUCCCCGUUAUCUCCGUGUUGUGAUUGCGUAGCUUUUGUUUUGGUGCUAUCGGGCACUUUGUCGUGCCGUGGUGUCUGUGACAGUGCAAUGAGCGCGAGCAACGACCACGACGUCAUGCGUGACGGUGGUAAGACUACCGCACCAAGGUUUGUGUAUACGGCCGAAGAACGCGAGCUGCUUCGCAACUUGGUGAUGCGGCACAGGUCCGUCAUCGAAAACAAAAGAACGGACAACGUGUCGAAGCGCGCCAAGGACAUCGGCUGGGAAAAAAUUACCGAAGAGUACAACAGCCAACCAGGCAUUCGUCGCGUGACGGUUUCGAAGUUGCGGAAGCUGUGGGACAAUGAAAAGACAAAGUGGAAAAAAAUGCAGUCGGAACAAAGGCGGAACUUGUACGCAACAGGGGGUGGUCCAUCGACCUGCCGGCCAAUGAGCCCGUCGUUGGCACUUGUAGGGGCGGCAGCCUCGCAUAUGGCGACACGGCUCCCCAACCCCUAUGACAGCGAUGGAGCACACAUCGGCCAGCCGGUGCUGUCUCUACCGCCGGCACGCAUCUUUGAGAGCAUGGUGACUGGCAGUGAAGACACCAUGGAAGAGCUGCUCGAUGCCCUUUGCCCAGCACCACGCCCCGGGCAGCAAAAGGCUGACUUGCCAAAAAACAUGUCAUUCGAGCCAAUCCUGCCAGCAACGGAAGGUGCUGCCUCCGCAGUAUUGCAUGCAUCGCCACCAUCCAUGACAGAUCCCCCCGCAAGUAGCACUGUACCUGCUGAAGGGAGCAACGUGCCACGAACAGCGCCGACAGCUGCUCCACAGGGAAGCGGGAACGCUUUGGCUGGCGCAGAUGCACACCUGCCAUCGAGAUCGGCACGAAGCCGCACAGCAGCGGUAGAGCGGGUGCUCGCCCCAGAAGUUGCUGCCCGAAUGGAGGCGAUAAAAAAUGAUGAGCGACGCAAAGCGGAGCUGCAUGCCGUGGAGCUGCGUCUGCGUAGGCAGCAGCUGUCCCAGCAACGACAGCUGCACAGCAUGCGAAUGAAGUAG